AUGGAUUUUAUUCAAAAACUGAAUCAUUAUGUUUCAACAAAACGUCGUCUUCAAUCAACCACUCUAUUUUGUUCAAUUAAAAUUACUAAUUUCUAUACAUUAGAUACACAUCAAAAUGUAAUCGAUACAGUUGGUUAUUUCUUAGAAGAUCAUUUAGGUCAUGGGAAAAAACUUCAACAAUUAACUAUUAUGACAAUUAAAAAUCUUUUACAUCUAUUUUUCUUCAAUAAUAUCUUCUGUUAUAAAGAACAAAUCUAUACAUUUACGAAGGGUAGUCCAAAUACCAUGCCAUUAACAGAAACAUUAUCAAAUAUUUAUUUGUAUGUCUGGCAAAAGAAAAUAUUAAAUCGAGUUAAAGAAAACAAUGAAUUAUUUGGAAGAUAUAAAGAUGAAAUCUUUUUCACAUGGAAUAAGUCGAAUGCUUUAACACUUGAAACAUUUUUACAAAAGGAAAUCUGUGAAAAGUAUAUAAAUGUUCGAUUUCAGUAUUCCAUUGGAACAAAUCUCGAAUUUUUAAAUGCUUAUGUAGAAAAUCGAGAUGGUCAAUUAUAUACUCGAGUAUUUCAUCAACCAACUACUAUUCAUAGAUAUACAUUACCAUAUGUUAUUGGCCAUUCAAAAGUAUCACAUAGUGAUUGGCUUCGAUAUGCUCUGAUUCGAGCUGUUUGUUAUUGUUCAUCAGUGGAAGAUUUUCGUCAAGAACGAAUCUAUCUUGAAUUAACUUACCUUAGCAAUGGUUAUUCAUUAUUAUUUGUCGAAAGUCAUAUUCGACAUUUUUUCGAAUAUUUUCAUAUGGCAAAUAUGCGAUAUUCAAACAGUCAAACUGACUAUGAUAAUUUUCGACAAUAUUGGUUCAAUUUCAUGACGAUGCAACAUGAACUUACAGAUGAACUUAAAAAAUUCGAAGAUAAUGCACAAUUAAUUCAUUUGAAGUAUUUCUAUGAAUUUGGUCCAAGAUGUCAAUUUGAUCAACAAUUUUCUGAAUUAUGUUCUAGCUUAAUAUCUAACAACAACAUUGAUCUAACACUCCAAUCAUCACCUGAUCAAUUAUUGGAAUUAUCGAAUGAAAUAACUGUGAAAGUAGAGACGACAAGUGAUACAGAACACUAUACUGAACAAGAACAACGUCAACAUGAAAAUGUGAUAGUGAAUCUAUCUGAUUGUAUGGAAUGUUAUGUGCAAAUUCCACAAAGUGAGAUUGUCAAACAAAAUGAUGGUUUCAAUCCAAAUAUACAAGCAGAUAUUGCUCGUCAAAUUCAUGAAUUUAGAGAAGAACAAGAAACAACACCACAAAACACACAAGCAAGCCAACAUUCCAAUCAGGAUCACUAUAAUGAUUUUGAAGCGUUGUGUCAUGAAAAAUAA